AUGACUUCGCCGUUCCAGAACACCAUUCCCUCGGACCGCUUGCCCGCUGAAAAGGGUCGAUAUGUCCUGUACAUCAACUACGUCUGCCCGUGGGCUCACCGCGUCAUCCUUGUCCGCGCGUUGAAGCGACUCGAGGACGCGAUCGAGCUGGUCGAACGUAUCCAUGGCUGGUAUUUCUCAGGCCGGAGUGGGCCAGCAAAGGACCCCGUGUACGGCGCAAGGUUCCUCAAGGAACUCUAUUUGAGGGCAGACCCCUAUUACAAGGGGAGAGUGACUGUCCCGCUGCUGUGGGAUAAGCACCAUGGCACCACGGUCAACAACGAAAGCGCCGCAAUCACUCGCAUGCUCUUCGAAGCCUUCGACGCCCUCCUGCCGCCAGACCACCGCGAGGCCAACAAAGGCAUCGCUGCGUUCCGCCCAGCACACAUUGCCGCCGAAAUGGACGCGCUGAAUGCCUGGGUCUACGACACGGUGAACAACGGCGUGUACAAGGUGGGCUUUGCGACGUCGCUGCAGGCGUACCGGGAACACGUGAACCAACUAUUCCAAUCGCUCGAUCGGCUCGAGGACCAUCUGUCGCAGCCAAAGCACUCGCCGUACCUGUUUGGCCAGUACAUCACCGAGUCAGACAUUUACCUGUUCACGACGCUCAUCCGUUUCGACACGGCCUAUUAUCCCUUCUUCAAGUGCAAUCUCAAGAUGAUUCGCCGCGACUACCCUCGUCUCCAUGCUUGGCUGAGGCGGCUCUAUUGGAGCAACGGCCCGGAAACCUGUGGCGGUGUCUUUCGGACUAGUACAAACUUUGACGCGAUUACAAGAGGCUAUGGCGCCGUUGUGGGUAAGGGUCCCAUGCCGCCACACAUUGUACCGCCAAUCAUGCCCUGGUGA